GGCAAGACCCGCUCUCACACAGAGCAACCAACUAAAUGGAGAUUACGAAAGUGAACUUGACAGCGUACCGGCGGGAAAUCGGAAGGAACAACUUAUAUUUCUGCCCCGACUGCUUUUCAUAUUUUGUUACAUGCUAAACGUAAAGUAAGUUAAAUUAAUUCGGCCAUCCCCAAGUAGUGGUUAUACAUUUUAAAAAUGGCAUAGUGUCUUUCUUCUGGAAACGCUUACGUCACGGUCUCUCAAAGUGUAGUCAGCUGGUGAAGCCUUGAGUCACUGCCUAAAAGAGACUUGACCCUUCUUCGGUGAAAAUAUUUCAACGCAGCUUUUUGUUAUUUUCAAACCUGGACAGAUUAACUUUCAAGUCUACUACGCAACCAAUUUUAUUCAUUUUUAUUUCAAGUAAAUAUCAUAUUUCCUAGUAAUAAACUUUUAAACAAGUGUUAUCCGGUGGUCGCGUGCAACCUAGCGCAGCGAGGUAUUGUUUAUGCUGGAAAAUGGAGAGACACUAACAAUACGGGAAUGAUCAGGACACACAGACUGCAGGGGAGGAGCCGGUCCAGCAGUCCACUGUUCUGCUCAGCCCCGCGGUCAUGUUCGGAACACGAAAGACCUGGGAUCUUGGCCACGCCCCCUGCCUUCAGGACCUCUGGAAGAAAGACGUCUCAUUGGACGCGAGCUCAGGGGACUUUCUGAUGAGUGAUGGUGAGGAGGACGGCUCCUUCCUGUCUCUGCCUGGUACCACCUUCGCACAGUGUCCCUCGCUGACUGCUGACCUUACAGAAACUAGUCCCCACAACCAGCAAUUACUCAUACAGACGCUGCAAGACAAGGUGUGUGAGUUCCAGGCGCGUUUGUGUAGUGAGGAAGGUUCUCGCUGCCUGCGGCUGCAGCGGUUACAGCACAGUUACGAACAGAGUCUCCAGGAAAAGACCAACGUCAUCCACGCACUGCAGGAGGAGCUGCACUCAGUCCAGCCCAGAGGCGUGAGACCAUUGCAAAAGCUGGCUGAGCCAAAGGAGCAGCAGCCUCCCAGAGAGCGUUCCACAGAGCGUCUCACCAGUCAGGAGGGAGAGCAGCUCAUUGCUCAGCUGCGCACACAGGUGGAGGAGCUGGAGGAGAAGCUGUUGGACCAGAGCCAUGAGGUGGAGAGACUGCGCUCUGAGCUGGGUGCGACAGAUCUGGAGAAGCAUUUGGAGCUGCUUGUGUGUGAGAACGAGCGGCUGAAGCAGGAGUUGAAGUCAUGUAAGACUUCUCAGCUCCACACCCAGGAUAGGCCAGCCGACUCCACAUGCUCUGCCUGCCCCAGCUGCCAGGAUGCAGAGGUCCUGCGAGGAGAGGUGUCUCGGUGGGAGAGCCAGGCCAGACAGAGGGAGAUGAGGCUGGCUGGGCUUGAGAAAGAUCUCCUAGAGAAGACCUACAGGGUGGAGACCCUCCAUAGACACCUGGAAGAGUCCAACCGCCAGCUGGGGGAGACCAAGAGGCAACUGGAUGAGUCCAAGCGUCAGCGGGGAGAGGUGGAGCAGUGGCUGGAGCUUCGCCUCAACGACUGUGAGGAGGAGCUGGCUCGACAGUCCGCCAUGCCGCCGCUGGUCAAGGCGGUGGAGUCUCAGAAGGAGCUGGCUGUAGCGGCCAAAAGCGCUGCCCUGCAGGAGAAGCUGGCUGUGCAGAGACAGCUGCUUAGAGAGCUGGAGCAGCAGCUCCAUGAGUCCCAGAGGACCUGCACCCAGCUACGAGCACAGCUGCAUAUGGACCGUGGCCGCUUGUGUGCCCUGCUCUCCAAGGCUAUCGGCAAGGGCAACGGCGAGGUCAUUCACAGGUUGUCCAAGAUCCUGGUGUACGAGGGGGAGAUGGAGAGGACCCAGGGCCAGCUGGAGGCUGAGAUGCAGAACCUGGAGGAAGAGAAGAACAGAGUGAUCGAGGAGGCCUUCAUUAGAGCUGAAAGUGAGAUGAAAGCUGUACAUGAAAACCUAGCUGGUGUUCGUAUGAACUUGCUGACCCUGCAACCUGCACUGCGAACCCUUACCUGUGACUACAACUGUCUGAAGAGACAGGUCCAAGACUUUCCCUUCAUGCUGGACAAAGCCAUCGCAGAGGCUAAGCAAGAGAUCUGCCAAGUGAUCAGUGAGGUCAGCAGUGCCAACCAGGAGCUGUUGCGUAAAUACAAAAGGGAGAUGAACUUGAGAAAGAAGUGUCAUAACGAGCUGGUGCGCCUCAAAGGCAACAUCAGGGUUUUCUGUCGCGUGCGGCCUGUGUGCCAUGGGGAAUCAGAUUCAGCAGAGGCCAAAAACAUGGUGACCUUUGACCCAGAGGAUGACUCAGUCCUCUACCUCUCUAACAAAGGAAAACUGAUGACCUUUGAACUGGACAAGGUGUUCCCACCUCAUGCCUCUCAGGAAGAGGUGUUCCAGGAGGUCCAGUCCUUGGUGACUUCCUGUAUCGAUGGCUUUAAUGUGUGUAUCUUCGCCUAUGGACAGACAGGCUCAGGAAAGACCUACACCAUGGAGGGUGUGGUCCAGGACCCUGGCAUCAACCAGAGAGCUUUAAGGCUGCUCUUCUCUGAGGUGACUGAGAAAGCUCCCGACUGGGACUACAAAAUCACAGUCAGCAUGGUGGAGAUCUACAAUGAGACCCUUCGGAACCUCUUGGGAGAGAACCCCAGUGAGAAGCUGGACAUUAAAAUGAACCCAGAUGGUAGCGGUCAGCUGUACGUGCCCGGUCUCACAGAGUUCAUCGUCCAGAGUCCCGAGGACAUCAAUAAGGUUUUUGAGCUGGGUCAUAUGAAUAGAGCCACCGCCUGUACAAACCUGAAUGAGCAUAGCUCGCGCUCCCAUGCACUCCUAAUAAUUACUGUGGCAGGGUUCAACUGCUCCACUGGACAUCGCACUCAUGGUAAGUUGAACCUGGUGGACUUGGCGGGCUCUGAGCGGAUCGGCAAGUCUGGGGCUGAGGGUAGCCGCCUCAGAGAGGCCCAGUGUAUCAACAAGUCACUUUCGGCCCUGGGCGACGUCAUAAACGCGCUGCGGAGUCGACACUCCCAUGUGCCAUUCAGGAACUCGCGGCUCACCUACCUCCUCCAGGACUCACUGAGUGGGGACAGCAAGACGCUGAUGAUGGUCCAGGUGUCUCCUCUAGUCAGCAACAUGAGCGAGUCGGUGUGCUCGCUGAAGUUUGCCCAGCGCGUACGGACCAUUGAGCUAGGCUCCGUCUCCUCAAGAAGACAGACAGAAAACUCCUCCACCUCCUCCUCCCCCACCCACGACAGCAUUGAGCUGGACUCUCCACCAGUGACUCCGGUGCCCCUUCCCAUCUCCCGGGCCAGCAGUGCUGGCUCUACCCUCUCCUCCACAUCCAAGACCCCCACCACACGCAGGAGGUCCCAGUCUCAGCUCUCCACAGACAAGCAGGUAGACACAGCCAGUCCAUUGCUCGGGGAUGGUGGGCAGGACGAUUAAAGCUGGUCGCCUGAGAUCCCUGCUGGACCCGUCCACAAAGGAUGAGGACGCCUGGAGGGGUGUAAACCAGCGCCAAUGAAUUGACAACCAGUCGGAACACCAAAUCAGCUACAACCUCUGACCCUGUGCAUUUCUCAUCCUAUGCUUGAAAGGAGUGACUGAAUCAAACAAUGAAAUUGACUAUUUUGAGCUACAUGACCUAGUGAGAGCUAGUGUUUUAUCAGAUCUUUCCACAUGUAUGACAUUUGACCUCCUAAUAUUUAAAACUAAGACUUUAUCUCCUUCAUGAACUGGAAAGAGGAUCUUGCGUUUUUCCCACAUUGCUAGGGUUGUUGUUGAGUGCCAUGUUUUCCAGCACUCACUACGGACACCUGAAGAGAGCAUAGCUCCACUGACCAACAAGAUUGCUGCAGUCAAUCCUUCAUUACCCAGAAUGGCUCACUUACCUCUCAGCCUGGACUGAGUUCUUCUGUUGGCCAAAAGACAACUCACCUCUCCCCCUUUACCAGAGACAGUGCUAAAUCAUCCCUAUCAUCCAACAGUGUACAUUGUAAUCAUAGUAUUUAAAAUUGGGUAAAAAUGCACUUUAAACAAGGCUGUUACCUUAUUGAUGUUUUUAAUAAUUAAUGAUUUCAUUAAUGGAUGAUAUAUACAGUAUAUCUGUGUUGAACUGUUUUAUUACCUUUUUUGCAGUUUUGUUUUCUAUUGAGGAACAUCUUGGUCUCCUCACUCAUUUUCCUUAAUCAAUCAGGGUACUCUACAUAAAGUGAGCUGGGCAUAUUCUGUCCAAUAGGACAUGAGCAAUAAGAUAGAUGUGCACAGGGAGAGGUUCUUCCUGUGUGCAUGUGUGUUUCAGAAUAGAAGUCUCCUUGGCAAUAUAGACCUGCAUCUAACUGCCUUAGCACUGCAUGGAAGCACUCACAUUCCUUUUGAUCUUGUUUUAUGUCUUGCACAGAGCUAAUAGAUUCAAAAACAUGUCAGACAGGAAAUGCCAUUCCUGCUCUGAGACACCACAGCUUAUGAUAGAAGUUGACUCUUAACAGCACUGUCUGUGCUUUUAUCCUGACUACAUUCUAAACCUCACCUGUAGUUAAGACCUGAGCUCAGGCCAGUGUCUGGGUACAACUUGUCUUCACUGCCCUAUCUGACCACAACCAGCGACUUCAGACCUCACAGAACAAACACUAACAUGUAGCCAUGGAAACCACUGCUGGACUGUGGAGUGAUGAGACUGGCAUCUGUGUUGUAAAUGCAUUUAAUGUAAAUGCCGUAGGAAUGCUUAAAGUUUGAUCAACUGCUGACGGUUUCUUUAUGUUAACUCAAUUUUCCUUACAGAUGUUCUAAAACGUUACAGUGGGAGGAACAUUGAGACGUGUUGUGUUGGUUGCUGCUGGUAUUGCUGCUUGCUUGUGUCAUUGUAUAGUAGGUUUCUAAACAGUCUUGUUUUUGUACACCCUUUUUAAUAAACAUGAACUCAAAUGAAA